AAUUUUAAUAUGUAGCAAAUUAGUAAGGAGAAAGAGUAAUAGUAUCAUCAGUAUAUGGAGUUGGAGAAGGAAGUUAUGAACACUUUAGCUAAGGUCAGACAAUAUGAAGCCUCAAUGACUUAGCUAAAGCGAAACAUUCAGAAAUGUCAAAUUACAUUAAAGGAACUAGGUAGUAUUGAUUAAUAGAAGACAUUUUAGCCUAUUGGUAAAUGGUAAUAGGUUUCAUGUAAUUGAUAGCUUCAUUCUCAAACCAAAAUAGAAUAUUGCAAAUGAAGUUGUUGAAAUCAUUAAAUCUCACGAAAAAGAUAUUGAUGAAUACGAGAAAGUGAGACAACACUUAAUUACAAAAGGUAAAGAAAAGGAAACACAAUUGUAAGAAUCCAUGAAGGCUCUAAAAAUUUGA